CACACAAUUUGGGUCCCACCUGUCAUUGUCUGCUUCGUGUUCUCCUCGCACCUCGUCUGGCCCGUGUUUGAAUGGUGGCGACCCCAUGGACGCCACCACCGCCGUCUCCUUCUCUUCCCGCCGCCACCUCCCACAUGGCCAUCACGCAGGCGCUCGCGGACGCGCUGCGCUCGUGUGGAGCACGCAGCGCGCUCACUGGCGCGCGCACGCUGCACAGUCGCCUCAUCAACGUGGGCCUCGCGUCCGUUGUCUUCCUCCAGAACACCCUCCUCCACGCCUAUCUCUCGUGCGGAGCUCUCUCCGACGCCCGAAACCUUCUGCGCGACGAAAUCACAGAGCCCAACGUCAUCACCCACAAUAUAAUGAUGAAUGGGUAUGCCAAGCUAGGCAGUCUGAGCGAUGCGGUGGAGCUGUUCGGUAGAAUGCCUACAAGAGACGUCGCCUCGUGGAACACUAUCAUGUCCGGUUACUACCAGAGCGGUCAGUUCUUGAAUGCUCUGGACAUCUUUGUGUCCAUGCGCCAAACUGGGGACUCCUUGCCGAACGCCUUCACUUUUGGCUGUGUCAUGAAGUCCUGCGGUGCACUUGGGUGGCAUGAAGUGGCACUGCAGCUGCUUGGGUUACUUUCGAAGUUUGAUUCCCAAGAUGACCCUGACGUUCAGACUGCGCUGGUUGACAUGCUUGUGAGAUGUGGGGCUAUGGAUUUUGCUUCAAAGCAGUUCAGUCGGAUUAAAAACCCAACUAUUAUAUGUCGGAACAGUAUGCUAGUAGGGUAUGCCAAGUCACACGGUGUUGAUCACGCUCUUGAGAUUUUCAAGAGCAUGCCUGAACGUGAUGUUGUAUCAUGGAACAUGGUGAUAUCGGCAUUGUCUAAGAGUGGGCGAGUCAGAGAAGCCCUCGACAUGGUUGUAGACAUGCACGGUAAAGGUGUGCGUCCUGAUUCAACAACAUACACUAGUUCUCUGACUGCAUGUGCUAGAUUGUCUUCUUUGGAAUGGGGUAAGCAACUCCAUGUUCAGGUAAUUCGGAACCUACCGCACAUUGACCCUUAUGUUGCCAGUGCUAUGGUUGAACUGUAUGCAAAAUGUGGCUGUUUUAAGGAAGCGAAGAGAGUAUUCAGUUCGUUGCGUGAUCGGAACAGUGUGUCGUGGACAGUUCUUAUUGGGGGAUUCUUGCAGUAUGGUUGUUUCAGUGAAUCUGUCGAGUUGUUCAAUCAGAUGAGAGCUGAACUGAUGGCAGUUGAUCAGUUUGCACUGGCAACUCUAAUAAGUGGCUGCUGCAAUACGAUGGAUAUUUGCCUUGGGAGUCAGCUGCAUUCUCUAUGUCUGAAAAGUGGGCACACUCGAGCUGUUGUUGUCUCCAAUUCCCUUAUAUCUAUGUAUGCAAAGUGUGGCAAUCUCCAGAAUGCUGAACUUAUAUUCAAUUUUAUGGCUGAAAGGGACAUUGUAUCAUGGACUGGCAUGAUUACCGCAUAUUCUCAAGUAGGGAACAUCGCGAAGGCUCGUGAGUUCUUUGAUGACAUGUCCACAAGAAAUGUCAUUACAUGGAAUGCAAUGUUGGGGGCAUAUAUACAACAUGGAGCUGAGGAAGAUGGCCUCAAGAUGUAUAGUGAUAUGCUAACUGAGAAGGAUGUCAUACCUGACUGGGUUACUUAUGUUACAUUGUUCAGAGGGUGUGCAGAUAUAGGUGCUAAUAAACUCGGAGAUCAGAUUAUUGGUCAUACUGUAAAGGUUGGUCUCAUUUUAGACACCUCAGUGGUGAAUGCGGUUAUCACCAUGUACUCCAAAUGUGGAAGGAUAUCAGAAGCCCGAAAAGCAUUUGACUUCCUAAGUAGGAAAGAUUUAGUUUCUUGGAAUGCCAUGAUCACUGGUUAUUCGCAGCACGGCAUGGGGAAGCAAGCUAUAGAGAUCUUUGAUGAUAUACUGAAUAAAGGGGCAAAACCUGACUACAUAAGCUAUGUUGCAGUUCUAUCAGGCUGCAGCCACUCUGGACUCGUGGAGGAGGGCAAAUUUUAUUUCGAUAUGAUGAAAAGAGACCACAAUAUAUCUCCAGGGUUGGAGCAUUUCUCAUGCAUGGUGGACCUUCUUGGCCGUGCAGGGCAUCUGAUCGAAGCCAAAAAUCUCAUAGAUGAGAUGCCCAUGAAACCUACCGCUGAAGUUUGGGGAGCUCUCCUUAGCGCCUGUAAGACACAUGGUAACAACGACCUCGCAGAAUUGGCAGCUAAGCACUUGUUUGACCUGGACUCACCCGGUUCUGGGGGCUACAUGCUUCUGGCAAAGAUGUAUGCUGACGCUGGGAAAUCAGAUGAUUCCGCACAAGUGAGGAAGCUAAUGCGAGAUAAAGGCAUAAAGAAAAGUCCUGGCUAUAGCUGGAUGGAAGUUAAUAACAGGGUUCACGUGUUCAAAGCAGAAGAUGUGAGCCACCCCCAAGUGAUUGCGAUUCGCGAGAAGCUGGAUGAACUUAUGGAGAAGAUUGCGCACCUUGGAUAUGUGAGGACCGAGUCCCCGCGUUCAGAGAUUCAUCACAGCGAAAAGCUGGCUGUGGCUUUUGGGAUCAUGAGCUUGCCUGCUUGGAUGCCUAUCCACAUCAUGAAGAACCUUCGCAUCUGCGAUGACUGCCACACGGUGAUCAAGCUGAUAUCGACGGUGACUGAUCGGGAGUUUGUGAUUAGAGAUGGCGUUCGAUUUCACCACUUCAAAGGUGGUUCCUGCUCCUGCAUGGACUAUUGGUGACCAUAGAAACCCACUGCUGUUAUUUUUCUAUGUACACUGUCAGAUUGGCUGAGAGGAGUAAAAAUGCCUGCAGUUCGCUUUCUCGUGCUA